AUGAGUGAAUAUUUCAAUAGCUAUAACAAAGCAUUGCCUCUCUUCACGGAGUCGCGGCUCGACAAGCUACUCCAAAGACAAUAUUCAUGGAAUCCUGAAUCAAGUUCCUCUUGGUGGGCAGCUUUCAAUGUCAUUCUGGGCCUGUCUUACAAGGCGAGAGCACAGAAGGCAAUUGAUGGAAGCGAAGAUUGGAAAAAGUCAUUCGGGCACAUCAGAAAUGCUUUGAAUGUUGUGGUGGAGCUCCUUAUGAGGGCUGCAGAUAUUCUCGCUGUCCAGGGACUACUCGGGUUGGCCAUGUUCUUUCAUGAAACCCCAGACCCUCAACCACUUUUUACAUUUGCGGCAGCAGCAAUGCGGCUUGCCCAGUCCAUCGGGCUGCACAGAUCUCAUACAUAUGGCCUAGAUCACGCCGAAAUCGAGGAAAGAAACAGAACAUUUUGGAUUGCUUUUAUCGUUGAUGCCGAUAUUUGUCACAAGACCGGUCGGCCAGCAGCCCAAGAUACCAAUGACUUCAACACCGUGCUGCCAACGGAGCUUCCGCAUGAUGGGCUGGGUCUCGUUCAACUCGACGGUAUUGAAGUAAAUUACCUGCGAGCUUACGCCCGAUUCUCUCUAUUACAGCGAGAUAUUUAUUGUCGGCUGUACACUACAACUGCGACUCAAAAAUCGGGGCAAGAUUUGAUCAAGGAGGUGAAGGACUGCGAAGCUGCACUUCUUGAUUGGAAGAAAUGCAUCCCCAUUGAGCUUCAACCACAACCCAAAUUUUCUGCCGGGCAAAAUUUCUUCUAUCAGUGCAUCUUAAGGUUGCACUUUGCGUACCACUGCUGUUACGCCCAACUGCAUCAAAUCUGCCUGCAUGCCAAGCGACUAAUUGAGGUGGAGAUGAUUGGAAAUGCCAGUCCGAACUCGAUUCCAGAAAUGGAGCACUGUAUUUCCGGAUCACUUACAGCUGCGAGGUCUGCGGUAGACCUGUUGGAACAUGUUGAAAAGUUUGGUUUAUCGUUUACAUGGUAUGCCCAAUUCUGUGUUUUAUUCUGGAGGCAAUUGAAGCAAAUGCUAACCAGCGUGCAAGGAGUGUUGUAUACUUCCCUGCUGCUGUGGUCGCAACGCUCUUCGCCCAUAUCCUCACACACCCACACCAAGAUACCACUGCGGAUAUUUAUUUGA